ACGAGCCACGGGGGAUUCGUGAAUGCUCUCUCGUCCGAGUUCAAGGCCCAUUAGAAUUUAGAAGAAGCUCGCUCUCAAUUCUGCGGGAUUCGAUUGAUCUCCCUUCGAAUCCGGCAGGCUCUUCCGUGCCUAGGGUUCAAAACCUUCUCUUUUUUUAUUCCUUUACUUGAAGCCUGCUUGUCUAAGCCGAAGACUAAGGAGAGAUGAGCUUCCAGGAUCUGGAAUCGGGCCGGUUGGCCACAAGUAGGAGGAAACUCAUCAACGGCAAGCAGGACACGACGCAGGCCGUAGCUUCUGGUGUUUUCCAGAUCAACACAGCCGUCGCCACCUUCCAGCGCCUUGUUAACUCUCUCGGAACACCUAAGGACACGCCCGUGCUUCGCGAGAAGCUGCACAAGACAAGGCUACAUAUUGGACAGUUGGUGAAGGACACCUCAGCAAAACUUAAAGAAGCCAGCGAAACCAAUCAUCAUGCAGAAGUUAGCCAAAGCAAGAAGAUCGCUGAUGCAAAGCUUGCAAAAGAUUUCCAAGCGGUGCUGAAAGAGUUUCAGAAAGUUCAAAAGCUUGCAGCUGAGAGAGAAACAGCAUAUACACCCUUUAUACGCGAAGCAGUUCUUCCUUCAAGCUACACUGCAAGUGAAGCUGAUAUUGGUUCUGAAAAAACACCAGAGGAGCGUGCUCUGUUAGUGGAAUCUAAAAGGCAGGAGGUAUUGCUAUUGGAUAACGAGAUUGCUUUCAAUGAAGCUAUCAUCGAGGAGCGACAGCUAGGCAUACAGGAGAUUCAACAGCAAAUUGGUGAGGUGAAUGAGAUAUUCAAAGAUCUUGCAGUGUUGGUUCAUGAUCAAGGAGUUAUGAUUGAUGAUAUCGACUCCAAUAUUGACAACUCCCGUGCGGCUACUGCACAAGCAAAAACUCAAUUAACCAAAGCAUCGAAGACACAGAAAUCAAACUCAUCUCUGGGCUGCUUGCUAUUGGUGAUAUUUGGGGUUGUCCUACUCAUAUUAAUCAUAGUCCUGGCUGCUUGAUGGGGUUAAAAUUGAUGUGAUGUGAUAUGAUCCAAUGCUGCUUGAUAUAUGGCAUCGGUUGUCUGGUGUGAAAUUAGCCUGGUUGCAAGGUUAUGUGGUUUUCUUGAUUUCUUUAGUGCCUUACUGCCUUGAUGUUUGCGUUGAGAUUGUUUACCCGUGUGAGUAAUUAAAAUUGAGCCCAUAUUACGUUUGUUAAUAUCCAUAAAAUAAAUAAUUUUCAGAUUUCAACACACAA